CCCAGGGAGGGGCUGUCCCAGCUCCCCCAAAUCUCCCGUGUGACGGGUUAAGAAGCAGCCCUGGAAAUGCUCGUGCCCGGGGCAAGCUCACGUGAACCCAGCCUCGGAGCGGGAGCCGUGACGACAGCGCAGGUGGCACUUACGGACACGCCCAGCGCUUCGCUUGUGUUCGCACGGUCACCUCACCUCGCAGCAGCCCUUGGAGACCAGCGCCCCCAUUCUCGCGAGUUGGCAGGUGGCACAGCCGAGCUGAGGGGGCCCGUGGCCGGCCGGUCCUGCGGCUGGGACAAGGUGGGGUGGGGGCAUGCGGGAGCCUGGGCGCUGCGGCUGGAGGAGGCAGGGUCUCAGGCGGAGCCGGGAAGAGCCCGCGGGUGGCCACAGGACGACCACGGCUACAUCUCCCGCGAGUUCCACCGCCGCUACCGCCUGCCCUCCAACGUGGACCAGUCGGCGCUGUCCUGCUCCCUGUCCGCCGACGGCAUGCUGACCUUCUCCGGCCCCAAGGUCCCGUCUGGCGUGGACGCCGGCCACAGCGAGCGAGCCAUCCCCGUGUCGCGGGAGGAGAAGCCCAGCUCUGCGCCCUCCUCCUAAGCUCGGCCUCGGCCUCGGCUGCCGCCCGCUGCUGCCCCCACGACCCAGCCAUCGGGGGCCCUAGAAAGUGGGGCGUUCGUCUUCCUUUGCUUCCGACUUUUCCGUUUCCUUUUCUCCUUCUGCGAGGGAUGAGGGUUGAGAGAGUGCCCGGGAGAGCCUCGGGCCUCGGCCUCAGGUGCUGCGACUGCGGGGCCCCCUGGGUCCCAACACCAGCCAGUUGGUGGGAGUGACAGCCACCCCAGCUCCUCGACACCACAGCCCUGCCCUCCCAGGGGACGCAGGCCAGCCUUGGCUGACCACGAGGUCAGAAGAACACCCUGCUGAGCCACCUCUGGAUCUCCAGGGCCACCAGGUGCCUCUGACCCCUGGAAGUGGGUGAGGGCUGAGCCACGUGCCUGCCCACAUGUCCCUGGGCCCUGAGGUCCGGCGGGCAGAGGCUCCGCGUGCCCGGGCCCUCGGCAGCCUGCUUCUCUCGGCCACCCUCCCUCCACCUUCCUCUCUGUAGUACCGCUCCUCGGGUGUCUGGUCACCCAUGACAGUGCAGCUCGCGGCAGCCAAUAAAGAGCAGGUGACA